CCAUAAAACGUCAAAGAAGAAGAAGAAGAAGUUCAUUCCAUGCUUCGACUCGUCCUGCAGUCGAUUCUCCGCGAGACGCCACAAUAAACUGGAGUUUUCUAAGAAUUUAACAAUUAAAUCGUUUUUACGACACACGAGACAAUAAUAAUGUCUGACAACGAAGACAAUUUUGAUGAUGGAGAUUUCGAUGAUGUUGAAGAUGAAGAGCCUCUGGAUGAUCUGGAGAACGCGGAAGAUGAGGAUCAGGAGAACGUCCAGAUCCUGCCGGCAGGUGAAGGACAGCAGGCCAAUCAGAAGAGAAUCACCACUCCUUACAUGACCAAAUACGAGCGCGCGCGAGUGCUGGGAACACGAGCGCUGCAGAUCGCGAUGUGUGCGCCGGUGAUGGUGGAGCUGGAAGGAGAGACGGAUCCACUGCAGAUCGCCAUGAAAGAGCUCAAGAGCAGGAAGAUCCCCAUCAUUAUCCGUCGGUAUCUGCCGGAUGGGAGUUAUGAGGACUGGGGCUGUGACGAGCUCAUCAUUACUGACUGAGAAUCUCACACACACACACACACUUACACACUCAGAUCCGCAUCAGAUCUGUGUGUCACAGCAGUGUUUACAGCACACAUCUCAAGUGUUCUGCACUAGAGCUUUAUAUUUCAUCCAGCAGUUCGUGUGUUUGUCCACAGGAGGGCAGCAGAAACAAAGGUUUCAAUUUCAAUUAUUUAAUGUUCAUUCCUUUGUUUUAUUCAUGCAAUAUUAAACUUUUUUUUGUA